AUGGACAAAUUUCUUAAACGGAAACAUGAUUCUGGUACUGAUAAUGCAAGUACAAAUACAAUUAAUGUCAAUGAUGAUACUUUCAAUGAUGAGAAUAAAAUAAAAAAGGUCAAUAGACAAUAUUGCAACGAUUAUUUAAAUUUUGGGUUCACUUAUGUUGACGAAAAUGAUUGUCAAAUUUCCCUUUGUGCGGUUUGUGGGGAAAAGUUGUCUAAUAGCGCAAUGGCGCCAGCGAAAUUAAAACGGUAUUUUUCAUCUAAGCACGCCAAUCUCCAUUCUCCAGUCUAA